GGAAAUGACGCGGGAGAGGGAGUUAAAAAAAAAAUAAAAGAGCGAUAAUUGUUAUUGUUAGCUUGUUAGCUAGCAGCUGAGCUCGACAGAUGGGGAUAUGACAGAGUAAUAACGACUUAUUACAUGUGCACGAUUCAGUUAUUACAAACGUAAAGUGUCUGAUGACAUUUCUGCUAAACCCUGACACUAAUCCAACAUAUGUCAGGGCUCUGAGAUGGAGAACGGAAACAGGACUGAUGCUGCUUCCACAUCCAAGAGCCACGCAGGCUCCCUCCACCUGCAGACUCCAAAAAACGAGGAUGCUUAUGAAAUUGCCAUCCCCUAUGAGGAGAGCAACUUUGAGCAGCAAGGGUUUUUCAACCAGAGUGAUCAGAAUUUUGAUGAUUCGCCCCCAUCCGCUGGUCCGUCUCCAGGCAACAACUCAUACAUGGUGAUCACCAACCUGCGCACCCAGCUGCAGAUCUCUCUGGAGAAAAACUCUUGGCUUCAGAAAAGAAUUGAGGACCUGGAAGAGGAGAGGGAUUUCCUCCGGUGCCAGCUGGACCGCUUCAUCUUUUCCACAAAGAGCCAGGGACAGGAGCAGAGUCAGAGCCAGUACAGUAACGGUUAUGAAUCCAGGCGAUUCAACUGGAGGGUAAGACGAGAGGAGGAUCGUCCUGCUGGUAAAGAGCAACAGAAGUCGGCUGCAGAGCAUUUCCCCUCACGUCAGUUUAUCCAGCGAAGGCCUGGUCCUCCAACUAUGGUGCCUUCCAAAAACCACGUCUCCAGUCCGCUAACCAAUCAGCUUGCCUCUAUGAACGCUUUGUUCAGCUCUACACAAUCACAGGCCCUCUUGCAAAGCCAUAGCCACAGCAACGCCAGUACGACAGCCGGGGGCAGCAGUGGCAACAGCAACAGUGGACAUGGCAGCAUAGGUCCAGAUUCCCUUUCACUUCUGGGGGAAUCUGAAGAGUACUUGGACCAAGACGGGUACCUUGAGGAGGAAGAAAUGAUAUCAGGGGAAGAUGUAAUGCAAGAUACCCUUAACAGCAACAGACACCAGUUGAAGAGAAGGCGAGUCUUCCGAGCUCCUAGAGAGCGGCAGAGAGUGAAAGAUGCUGCUGGAGUGCUGUUUCGCUACAAGAAAAUCCUGCUUACAUACCAGCGUCUGAAAAACAUGUCCAAAGCCUUCCAAAUCCAUGGUGUGGACCGCAACACGGUGGCUUCCACUACACCCAUAGCUGAGCUUCUAUUAGUGGCCCCAGAGAAGGUGGCAGAGGUGGGCGAGUUUGACCCGUCCAAGGAGAAGCUGCUGGACUACGCCCGGCGCUGCUACACUGCCCUGGAUGAGGAGACACUCAGCAGAGUGCAGGCCUUGAAGAAGAAUAACCUGCUCUUGCCCAUCUCCUACAGGUUCAGACACUGAGAUAGACAGAGGAAUGGGGAAAAACCACAAAACUUUAAAGCUGGUGGUUGAGAGGAGAGGAGAGGCAGUUGGGUUCUGCUGCAGCAGACCAGCUCACCUCUCAGGCACAGAGAUGUCCAGAGGGAUGAAAUAUUUUAAGAACUCAGCAUCCUGAAUGUGGCCAUUUAGGCUUCAGCUGAGAUCUUUGCUUGUCAGACAAUUAAAGUUCUCAUGUCCCUUUUAUUAUCAACAGUCAGACAAUUAAAGUUCUCAUGUCCCUUUUAUUAUCAACAGUCAGACAAUUAAAGUUCUCAUGACCCUUUUAUUAUCAACACAGAGCAGUUGGAGCAAAUUGAUAUUGAGGAUGUGUCAGUUGCAGCUGGAAAGGGAAACUACAUGGCUUUUAUUUCUCAAAGAGCAAAAUGGCAUGUCCGACUUAUUCAGAAUCUCUGAACGAGAAUGUGUCUUUGCUAUUAGGUUUAUAGAAGUAUUGCUUUUAAAUGAGUGUAGCCAAUGUAGCUCAUACAUAUUUCAGAGUUUAGGUUCAGAGACACUCACGUUUUACCUUCUUUUCAUCCAGAUCAGUUUGAGGCGAGAUGUUCAUUAACUGACUUCUUGGAUCAUUUCAGUUGCUGGCUCCCUAAAUGAUUUAUAAUAUUGGGAAUUUUUAUCACUUUACUUGUGUGCAAUUUUGAAACUGACCUUAAAAUAUGGUAAUCAAAAUCUUGUGUGUGUUAGCAUGACACUUCACUCCAUAGAUGUUGCCAUGCUUUUAGGAAUUAUCAGUGAUUGUUUCAUAUUUAUAUUGCUCUAUGGGUCUAUUAUUUUUUGCAUUGUCAUCAUAUCAACUAUUUACACUUGCCUUAAGACAUUUUUUGUGAUUUCCUCUAUUUGUCACAUCAUUUUGAGUUCGCUUUUCCUUUCUACUUCUACAGACUUAAAGGGAAGGAAGAACUCAUCAGACAAAGAGACAGAUGAGAUUUUGAAGUGACUAUAGUAAACACUAGUUUAAACAUAUUAUGUGGUGGAAAUGCAUUACUGCAACAUAAGCCACGUGGUUUUUAUUAAAAAUAAAAAACACAAACACAAACAUUGGUGAUAUUGUAUGUUUGCCUCAUAAUAAUAAGGCAAGUCCCAGUUUUAAAAAUAGUACUGCAGCAUUUCUCAUUGUAUCAACCCUUUUUGUAAUUAUCUGCACUAAAAAUACACUAAAGGUAACUUCUUAUUCUUCUGAUAUUGAGGCUCUUGAAAUGAUUUUGUGACAGUGAUACCUUUUGUAAAAUAUGGUACAGAGCAUUUACACUAAUUAUUACUAAAAUUACUAUUUGUAACAUUGUGUAACUUUUGCUUCUUUGUGAAUUCUUUUUAGUCACAAAUCAUUUUACAGUGUGACUUACAGCAUCAGUAAAAGCAGCUAGCAUGUGCACACAGGAUGUGUUAUUGCUUCCCAGUGUGUCUCUGCAGAUUCAUGUGAUACAAGCUAUUUGACGAAGCUGUUGUUUAUACAGGUCUUGUCAAAAUUCAUAAUUUUCCAAGCAGCAUAUUGUAUGAUAAUGUGUGGUGUCCAUGCCAGUACAGUGACAUGAUAUGAGCUCUUAUUUCAAAACAGGGUACUGUGAAAUACGCUGACUUACGGCUUCAAGUGUCAUUAUUUAAUGGAGCAUUUUCAUGAAACUAAAUAUCGACUGGUUCUCCUAUUCAUGUGUGUAAGGUGCAUAGCAAGAUGCAGUGUUUUAGAAAACAACAAUCUGUAUAAUUUUUCGGUCUCAUAUUUAUGUAUAUGGAGUCAAAUGUGUAUCUCACAUAAUGGCAGUUAUUCAACAAAUGUAUAUUGAGAAUCAAAUGUCAUGAACACAGUUGAUUUCUUACCGAACAUGUAUAUUUAUUAAGCUGUAAGAUCCAACCUCACUCACUGAAGGCAAAUACUUAUGAUUCAUGGACUGUACUGCGAAGACAGAAAUGUGAUUAAAACAUUUGAUUCCCUACAUAUAAA